UAAGGAGACCACUGAGACAAGCGGGACCGCGGAGCAGCAGCCUCUCUGCUGCCCUGACUUUUUAAGAAAUCUCAAUGAACUAUUUGUAAAGAAUCACUGAUCCUGCCUGCAAGCUUUUUGCACGGCACAGACGUUGAUCAGUGUUAAGUAAAGAUCACAUUUUAUAUGCGAUCUUGACUUUUUUUGUCUUACAUUAUAUUUUUAUAGAUUUUGUUAUAAACAUGGUGCUGGGAAAGGUGAAGAGUUUAACAAUAAGCUUUGACUGUCUUAAUGACAGCAAUGUCCCUGUGUAUUCUAGUGGGGAUACCGUCUCAGGAAGGGUGAAUUUAGAAGUUACUGGGGAAAUCAGAGUAAAAUCUCUUAAAAUUCAUGCAAGAGGACAUGCGAAAGUACGCUGGACUGAAUCUAGAAACGCCGGCUCCAAUACUGCCUAUACACAGAAUUACACUGAAGAAGUAGAAUAUUUCAACCAUAAAGACAUCUUAAUUGGGCACGAAAGAGAUGAUGAUACUUCUGAAGAAGGUUUCAACACUAUUCAUUCAGGAAGGCAUGAAUAUGCAUUCAGCUUUGAGCUUCCACAGACACCACUUGCUACCUCAUUUGAAGGCCGACAUGGCAGUGUGCGUUAUUGGGUGAAAGCCGAAUUGCACAGGCCUUGGCUUCUACCAGUAAAAUUAAAGAAGGAAUUUACAGUCUUUGAGCAUAUAGAUAUCAACACUCCUUCAUUACUGUCACCCCAAGCAGGCACAAAAGAAAAGACUCUCUGUUGCUGGUUCUGUACCUCAGGCCCAAUAUCCUUAAGUGCCAAAAUUGAAAGGAAGGGCUAUACCCCAGGUGAAUCAAUUCAGAUAUUUGCUGAGAUCGAGAACUGCUCUUCCCGAAUGGUGGUGCCAAAGGCAGCCAUUUACCAAACACAGGCCUUCUAUGCCAAAGGGAAAAUGAAGGAAGUCAAACAGCUUGUGGCUAACUUGCGUGGGGAAUCUUUAUCAUCUGGAAAGACAGAGACAUGGAAUGGCAAGUUGCUGAAAAUUCCACCGGUUUCUCCCUCUAUCCUUGACUGUAGUAUAAUUCGUGUGGAGUAUUCACUAAUGGUGUAUGUGGAUAUUCCUGGAGCUAUGGAUUUAUUUCUUAAUUUGCCACUUGUCAUUGGUACCAUUCCUUUACAUCCUUUUGGUAGCAGAACCUCAAGUGUAAGCAGUCAAUGUAGCAUGAAUAUGAACUGGCUUGGUUUAUCCCUUCCUGAAAGGCCUGAAGCACCACCCAGCUAUGCAGAAGUGGUAACAGAGGAACAAAGACGAAACAAUCUUGCACCAAUGAGUGCUUGUGAUGACUUUGAGAGAGCACUUCAAGGACCACUGUUUGCAUAUAUCCAAGAGUUUCGGUUCUUGCCUCCACCUCUUUAUUCAGAGAUUGAUCCAAAUCCUGAUCAAUCAGCAGAUGAUAGACCAUCCUGCCCCUCUCGUUGAAGGAACACUUGGUUGAGUCAAAUUCAUGUGGGUUCCGAACUAUAUCCCUUCCGGCUGAGGACAGAGAAGUAUCUUGGAGACACGUUUUCAGUGGAAGUGGAAUUGCUUUUGCCCAGAAAAAUGGCGAAUACAUGAAACAACCAGUUAUCAUGCUUUAGAAGCCUAUAGCAACAUUCUGGGACUGCUCCAACAUGCUUGAAGAUCUAAGCUUUUCUCCUCUAAAACUGGCACAUAUUAAGAGCAGUCUUCAUAGCCUAUGGUCAUAGGUGUCAAAACACCACAUUGUAAAGAGGGAUGAUUUCCUUCUUUUGAUUUGAAAAUUUGCACAUGCUCAAUGCUUACAUUGUGCAGUUCAAUGUCACUACGGCUUUUUUUUUUUUUUUUUUCUUCCUUCCCAUUUAUGCCAGACUCUUGUUACUCUUUUAAAACUUGUUUGUGGUCAGCACGACAAGGAACAAAAGAAAGCUUUGAAAAAAACUUUAACAUGAAAAAAAACGCACUGACUUUUUUUAUUUAAUAUAGCCUGGACUUUACCUGCAUAUGCACAUGCUCAGAAUUGUCCUACUAGGCUGACCAUGUAUCACCUCUUCAGCUUGGAUCCUAUUGUGGAUUUAUUUACAAACAUCAAAUGCCUUCAAGCCAAUCCUUUUUGCUGUAUGUUUUGCAGCCUACUGUAGUAGAUACGCAACAGAUAUGUGGGGAAAAAAGAGAUAAGAGGAAGAAGCUAAUAAGAGACUGUCAAGAUUGUAUACCUUCUUGAUUUCUUUUAGGAAUUUGUUGCCUUUCUACUAUUACAGCAAAACAGCAUUUUGUUACUGACUGCCUAAAAUCACUUAAUCUCAGGUGAACGCAUCACUUGCCAAACUGUUGGAAUGCUAUUUGUGUUUUGUUGCACUGUUGAGUUAUAUUUUUGUUUAUUUGGUUGGCUUUUUGGAGAGAGAAAUUUGGAAACGGGACAUACACAAAAGUGAUAAUCCACCCACAUUCCCUUUUUAUCUUUAUCUACAAGAAGAAACUAGUAGAGCUAAGAAUGGAGUAAUAAAGACAGUACAGUGGGCACCAGCAAAGAGUUAAGGGCUAUUGCUCUUUAAAAUUAUUAUUUUUAAAGUAUGGAAGUUUUCCAGUCACUGGGGAAGGGAGGGGAAAGUGCAUUUAUUUUUAUACAGAGUUAAUUACCUCCAAAACACAUAUGUUGGAAAUCAUUUUUACUGGUGCAAAGUAUUUUCAUGAGCAGGAAUAUAUGUGGAGGUUAUGAUUAGAAAGCUUAAUUUAUAUAUUUGCUAUCCUGCUCAAGCUUGACAGCGUUGAAAUCCAUGUUUAUUCAAAAAAGUGUGUAACUUCAAAAUUACAAGUACUAGAAAGUUUGCUGGGAUAACUGUUUUGUAUUUUUGCAGGUUUUUUU